ACAUAUUCAGAACUUCGAAAGCGACGAGUUAAACAAUGUUCGGCGUAGAAAUAACAAAGCGUCCACAGUAGCAUUUACAAUGUAUUUUACUGUGAGCGGCCAGUUAUAAAAAAAUCGUAUCGCUUUUUCAUGCACACAUUGCACUCAUUUUUUAUGACGUGCUAUUAACAGAUCACUCGUGGUAAGGAUUGAACCAUAUGCUUAAUUUAUUAAAACAUUUGUUCAAUAACCUGGACACAGUGAUAUACUGUUUAGCAAUGAGGAAUAAAUGAAGCGACAGUGAUCAUUGAUGACGAACAUACAUGGAUCAAGGGGACGAACGUAUAUCCGAAGAGUUAUUACAGGAGUUUCGUGAGGCGUUUAAGAUGUUUGACAUAGACGGCGACGGCUCUGUAAAUGUCCAGGAGUUUGUAGCCACCUUGCGGUCUAUGGGGCAGAACCCCACCCAGCUGGAGAUUAAUGAGAUGGUGAAAAGCAUCGACAGAAAUGGCGAUGGAGUGAUAGACUUUGACGAGUUUAAGCGCCUGAUGUACCACAAGAUGAAGCACACUGACAGCUCCGAGGACAUCAUGGACCUGUUCACGGUGUUGGACAUAGACAAGAAUGGCUACUUCACCCCGAUUGACCUUUACAAGACAAUGGCAAGUAUGGGAGAGAUGAUCACCAUGGAGGAGGCCUACGAGUUGAUGAACUCUACCGCGACAAAGGAACCGGGAACAAUGAACUAUGAAGAAUUCUGUCAUUUGAUGAGGAUGCUUAUAGCAAAAGAGUAAGAAGUCGAAUGCUUGAAUUGGGAAUCUAGAUUAACCAGUCAUUAGUGCAUGUCUUACGCACCAAAGAAGCUUUGCACCGUGUUCGCUUCUUCUUUGUCAAGUUAUGUCAUUAACCAGAAACAUAUAAGAGCACCAGGGCUCAUAAGGACUGAAUUACACGUAUGUGUUUAAAGUGUACGUGCUUAACAUUUAUUGAAUGAAUUAAUGAAGAUAUAUUUUACCAAGAUAAAGUUAGAAUUAAAUAUUAAUUUCAAGUACUUAAUAACCGGGUGUCGCUUACGUGAACAUGGUAACUAUAGCGGGUCGCUUACGUGAACAUGGUAACUAUAGCUGUUAUACAUUAUAAUGUUUCUGAUUUUUGUUUUAGAUUAGAACGUUUUCUAUCAGAUUAAUAUUUUUUUAAUUUAUUGAUGUGUUUCUUUGAUGGAUAUAGAUUAGCAUGUUAUUUGUAAAAUGUAAGUUUGCAUUCAUAUAUACAGGUAAUUCCUUCAUCACGCACAUAUAUACGCAAUCAAACGUUAGAAAAAAUUACGAUUUAAACAGACAUAUUAUGUUAAUGUAUUCAUAAACUUGUUGCUUUUAACUGCUUUUUCAUGGACUGUAUUUGUUAUUUAAUGUGUGUAACAUAUUAAACAUUACCAGUU